GGAGCAUCGCGGCUGGGUGCUGCCGGAGGCGUGUGCGGGAAACGCCUGCUUUGGGCUGGGAGGAGCAGAUGUCAGUCUGCGAGUGAAGCGGGAAUAAGGCAGAGCUCUUUGCGACAAGCACGAGGAAGCUGCCGCUGGCUGCUCUGGGCUCUGGGGAGGGUGCGAUUCCCAAAGGAAGGCCUGACUUACAGAAGUCUGCCUUAUUUCCUUUGUGUUGCAGAGCUGUGGGAGAUCUGGUGGCUGUUAAAUCCCCCAUAGCAACACGAGGAUGUUGGUGUUGCAGUGGAGUAGGUGUGAGGUGUGACCGAUUAGGGGUGGGAAUGCUAAUUGCUUUAAAUUGCCCAAGCCUGGUGAUGUCGUGUUAGCCACUUGUAGACACUGCUCUUCCAACGCGGUGAGGAUGGACUUUGAGAUAAAUGCCAUGGUGAUGGCUUUAUUGCAGACUUUAAUUUAUAAAGGGCAAACCCAGAGACAAUGCAUCAGUUGACAGUGAGGGAGCUGGUGUGGGUGGACUCGAGUGCUUUUCAGCUGAUGAGCUCUCGGCAUUUAAUUGCAUCACCUAACGAGAACAACUGGGGCAGCAGCACUCAGCUUGUAACUUUUGGCAGCCUUGGUGCGGUUCAGAUGGGCACACGGUGUAGCUGUGUCAGGGUGAGCUGGUGAGCAUCCUCCCAGGUAAACCAGACCCCUGCCUGUGGGGGGGAUGAGCCAGCCAGGCCCACUGGUGCACUUAGGCUGAUGGAAAAUUGUUCCUGCUCUGAUAUCUGCAGCAUGUUUGGAAAAGCGCCUGGGGAAACCGAAGGAUGCCUUGAGAGUAGGGGAAGAGAUGGGUGAGACUUGCAGAGGCCAAGGAAGUAAUUUGAAGACAGAAGAAUGAGCCAAACAUGUUUAAUUGCAUACAAAAGUAUAUUUAUUGUAACAGCGUGCCCUGGAGCAGUGUGCAUAGUUGUUAUACAAACAUGUUUUGGUUUUCUAUCAGAUCGAGCACAACCCAAGUAUUGUCUGUGGAUGCAAACCUUGUGAUGUUUGCUUUUUGUAUUUCAUUCCUUUUCUCCCCACUGAUUUACAAGCAAAUGGGAUUUGGGUUACUACAGCAAGUAUAUGAGACGUUAAUACAAUUUAGAUGUGUGCUCCUCAGUAGCAUAUUCCUUUGGUACAGAAUGCCAACUGCCAACCUGUCCGUCUUGCACAACUUCUCACUCCCACAUAAAUGCAAUUAAUGCAUUGCUUGGGAAAUGCUGUCACUUAAAGCUGCUUGAAGUGGCUUCUGCCUUUUAAUCCCCACCUGCAAGUGGAAGUUUAUGAGUUCACUUACCACCCCUGGCAAUCCCAGGCUGGCAGUGCUCUGGGAACUCCAAAUGGGAUGAUGAGCGACAUAAGUUUUGAUGUGUUCAUGUCUGCUGUCAGCUUGGAGCAAGGGAAUAAGAAUCGCUAGCAAACUGAAAAGCACAAAGCUGCAAGAUGUCAGGCCGCAGUGGGAAGAAGAAAAUGUCCAAGCUGUCACGCUCCAGCAGGGCAGGUGUUAUUUUCCCCGUGGGGAGGAUGAUGCGCUACUUAAAGAAAGGAACGUACAAGUACCGGAUAGGUGUUGGAGCACCGGUUUACAUGGCAGCUGUCAUAGAGUAUCUAGCAGCUGAAAUUCUAGAACUGGCAGGAAACGCAGCGAGAGACAACAAGAAAGGAAGAAUUGCCCCCAGACACAUCCUCCUGGCAGUAGCAAACGAUGAAGAGCUGAAUCAGUUGCUAAAAGGUGUGACUAUAGCAAGUGGAGGGGUCCUGCCUAGAAUUCAGCCAGAGCUUCUAGCCAAGAAACGGGGUGCCAAGGGCAAAUCUGAGACAAUCCUUUCCCCUGCUCCUGAGAAGAAGGGAAGGAAAUCCAUGGUGAGCAAAAAGAGUGGGAAGAAGGCAAAGUCUAACAAGGCCCGGACGCCUAAGAAGAAUAAACAGAAGGACAAUGAAAAGGAAGGAGCUUCAAAUUCAACGUCUGAAGAUGGACCUGGGGAUGGUUUCACCAUCUUGUCCUCCAAGAGCCUCGUGCCAGGACAAAAGCUUUCUCUGACACAAAGUGACAUCAGCCAUAUUGGCUCCAUGAAAGUAGAAGGCAUUGUUCACCCCACAACUGCUGAAAUAGACCUCAAGGAAGAAAUAGGCAAGGCUUUGGAAAAGGCAGGAGGGAAAGAGUUCUUGGAAACAGUGAAGGAGCUUCGCAAAUCUCAAGGACCUUUGGAAGUUGCUGAAGUUGCUGCUGGUAUGGACAGCCUGUUUGAGGACAGGGAGUUGAGGGGGAAAGGAAGAGGAGUAGGAUACCUUUGUGCUGUGCACAUCCUGUCUUUGUGCUUUGAAGCACCACCUUAAAUUCCAGCAGGCAAUUCCCAUCUGUGGGAGUCUUAAAGUUAAGGGAAACUUCUGCUUUCACUUUUGUGCCAUCUUUCCUCUCCUAUUUGCACCACAUUUCUUAGUGAAAAUUGGAAACAGCUCUCAGCCUAACCUAUAGCUGUAUGAAGAACAGUAAUUUAUAAAAUAUCCUGCUUUCUACUGAACAAUAUAACCAAAGCAACUACCUUAUUUUGCACACACAUAAAGGUAGAAGUGAUAUAAUCACAAAAACUGGCAUGUGUUUUGAAGAGCAGUUGGUGCUCUUCUCCCAGGCAUUACAGCUGCAUUACUGAAAUACAAAUUACAAAAGAGCUAGAAAACAGAUUCCUUUCAGCUAGUUCCAGGAAAGAAGAUAAUCUUAGCUUAAUGGAUGGAAAAUUGUACUCUGUCAGACAAACACUGUUUUGUUGGUAUGUUUGAAGUUACCACUUCUACUGGUUUUGAGGCAAGUAAUAAUAAAUGGGUUUUUAUCACUGGAGAUCUACUGCAAAUACUUGAGCUCCAGCCUAACAGGCCUUGAAUACAAGUGCUGUUUACAGGGUACCUCUGUUGUUUUCAAUCAAUUUUCUCUCUAUGGUUAAAGUUCUCCUCUUCUGCUUGAAAUUUAAGGAGCACGGUGAAGCAUUAGGUAGAAUUCCUCCAUGAUGGUGGAUGAGGGUCUAGAUUCUUUACUUUUGGGUAUUAAUUGUACACCUAAUUUCUGGGUGUUCAAUGUGAGACCAGAUUUUUAGAAGUGCUAAUUUCAAAUUGGACGUAACCAGUGGAUACUUUCAGUAA